AGGGCCGCCGCGUCCCCCUGGCUGGCGGCAGAAGCCCCGCCGUGCGUCGGGGGCGGGCGCGGGCACGGCGAUGCGGACGCUGCCACCGCCGCCGCCCUGGUGGCCACUGCGGCCCCCUGCCGCCAGAGGCGGGCUUGCGCGGCUGGCCCUCUCCCUCUGCGCCGCCACCCUGGCGCCCGCGGCCGGCGGGGCGGGUGCAGGGGCCCCGGUCCAUGCGGGCGCCGGCCAGGAGGCCGUGCGCGAGGCGGCGGUCGAGAGCCAGGCGGAGGCCGAACGCACGGCCGAGGCCGAGCGUACGGCGGAAUCCGCGCGCGUGGCGGAGGCCGAGCGCAAGGCGGAGGCAGAGGCCGAGCUCAGGGCAGAGGACCCGGCUGGCGGCGCAGAGGCGGGCGACGCGGUCGAGGCGGUCGAGGUGGUCGAGCUGGACCCGGUGCUCGUCGACUUGGAGCCGAGCGCCGGGCCCAUGGAUGGCGGAACGCGCGUCUACAUCUUCACGAUAGGACUCGACGACCUCCAGUUCGUGAACCUCACUAUCUUGCUGCGCGCGGUCAUUCAAUCGGGCAAGGUCAGGAACAUGCCGCUGGCCAUUGUGCCGCUGGAGAGUUCGCAGGAGGGGAUCUCCUUCGUGACCCCGAACCUCACCGCUUUUACGAGCAUCCGAGGAGGCGUCCUGGUCUCCGUCAACGAGAAGCCGGAUCCGAAGGAUCCCCGCCGCAAGGCGGAUCUGGUGGCCGGGCCCAUGUUCUUCCACUUGCUGCCGCCAUCGGCGAUGCUGGCUCCCGCGAGCGUCUCCCCCUGCUGCGACUACAAGAUCUCUGGAGGCCAGAAGAUCGUGCUCCACGGGCACCAGAUCACGGCGCCGACGCGCACAGUGACGGUGCGCUUCAGGAGUUUCGAGGUCCAGCAGGAGAUCAUGGCCAAGAUCAUGGGGCCCAGCGAGGUCUGCGGGGACCAGGCUGGCGAGGCGGACGCCGCAGCGCAGGCGUGGCGCGUCUGCGCGACCACGCCCGCCUGGCCCCACGGGGAGCACGACGUCGUGCUGGAGGUCUCCUGGAACGGGCAACAGUUCUCGCCUGCGGUUGAGAAGAUCUCCUUCGUGAACGAGAAGAGCGUGUUCGGCAAUCUGCCUAAUAGCGUAUCGGAGCAGCACAUCCCGGCGGAGGACACCAGUAAGGUGACAGAUAACACUGUUCAUUCCGAGACCUUCUCCAGCUUGGACCAGCACCUCGAGGACACGUUGUGGCUCAAUAAGGAGGGUGACGCCUUCAUCAUGGCGCGGUCGAAGGACCUUACCCAGCUCAGCGAAGAUAUUCGUGUCGUCCGCGAUUUCUUUUUGCUGACUAUUGCCUCCGCUGUCGGCGGCGCCUUCGCCACAAUGUGCCAUGCCCCAAACAUCAUAGGCUUCUUGAUGGGCGGCAUAGUCGUGGGCCCUGGCGGGCUGGACCUCGUUGUGGAGCUGGUCCAGGUGGAGAGCGUGGCCGGCCUGGGCGUGUGCCUCCUCCUCUUCGCCAUCGGCCUGGAGCUGACGCUGCAGGAGCUCUACCGGAACGCUCGGGCCGCCUUCGCAGGCCUCCUCUCCAUGCUGCUGCUCACCGGCUGCCUGCUGCUGCUCGCCGCAGCGAUGGGCACGCCGCCCAGCGAGGCCUUCUGCAUCGGCGCUUUCGCCUCGCUGGCCUCCACGCCGGUAAGCCUCAAGGCAGUGAAGCGACCGCCGAGGAGCAUUGAGCUUGCGUGCGGCGGAGAGGAGGCAACGCCAAGCCACGCAGGUGAGGAGUGCGGUCGCGUGCCGCGACACGCCUCCAUGGAUUCCGACACUGGGUGCGUUGACGAUUCCAGGGCAGACGACCCCGCAGAGUUGCUGGCGGCGAGCCCGCCCUCGGCCUCGCCCCGCAAGCCCGGGCGCGCGGAGAGGGGCGGCGCAGACAGCGGCGAGGCGGGCCAGUUGCUGGCAGUCUUGAUCGCUCAGGACAUUGUCUUGGCCACCCUGCUCGCCGUCAUGCCCAUAGCGUUCGGGCGGGAGCAGGAGGCUGCGGACGCGAUGGAGAACGGCUCUGGCGGUAAGCCCGCGCAACAGGACGUGGGGACCCGCGGUGGCCCCGACCUGCCGAGGGAGCUGCUGUCGAGGGGGAGUAUGCGGCUGCCUCUGGCUGGCCUUGGGGUGUUGCUGCUUGUCAUUCUGCGCUUCGUCACGAACGUGCGGCAAAGACGGUGGGCGCUAUGUUUGGUGUGCAGGUGUCGCGGCCGGGUUGGCACAAUGCUGCUCGGUUUAGAGGACGAGUUCUUCGCGAUCUUAUUGUUGAGCUGCGGAUUCUCCCUGGCCUUUGCCACGGACCACUUCGGUCUGUCCACGGAAUUAGGUGCUUUUCUUGCAGGCCUGACGCUCAGGAACCUCUGGCCGGACGUGGGCAUCCGUAUGGAACAUCACAUGGAGGCCCUCAAGGACACCUUCGUUGCCUGGUUCUUCGCUUCCAUCGGUCUAGUCGUGAACCCGAUGUUCCUGUGGGACAACCUGCUGGCGGUGCUCACAGUCGUCAUGAUUAUAUUCGUGCUCAAACUUGUCACCGGGUUCCUUCCUCUCUGGCUGGUCUCCGGCUCCUGCCUGAGCCACGCCAGUGUGUUGGCGGCUCUGCGCACCUCGUGGAUCCUCGCGCACGUAAGCGAGUUCGGCUUCGUUCUGGCCUCGAAAUGUUACGGUUGGGGCGUUUUCUCCCGGCACUCUGGGCGGAACACGGGAAGAAAACUAUGUGGAUUGUUCGGGACGGUCGUUCGGGGAAAACCCGCCGACCUCGAUAUGAGCACGUUGGCUGGGGUUGUGGUUGAUUUGGCCGUCCUGGGGCGUCAGAUAGACCACAACCAGUACCAAGCUGGAUCCAGUGGUCUGACGACAGUUGGCAUGCGCAAGAUAUUCCCCAGGGUGUGUCCUCGAUGUGUCUGUGGUCGCUUGCUGUCCCCGUAGGCACGUCUACCUGCUCCUGGUGGGCGCCAACGCUGUCUCCCUCUGCCUGGCCCCCUGGCAGUUCCGGGCGCGCGAGUGCCUGCUGCCGCAGGACCAGGGCGGAUCGCCGGUACGAGGAGGCGGCCCGCGGCACCCGAGUCCGAGGACGAUCGGCGUCCGCAGAGCAUCCUCGGGCUCAGAGAGAUGAGGAGCGCCGGCCGCGACAGCCGCGCAGCGGCAGCCUGCCCCCGCAGGGCGGCCGUGGCGGCCGCGGCCUCCCCCCAAGCCAGGGGGGGGCGGCGGGCGGCGCCGUGGCCGCUCCCCACAGCGGCGGGGGCACGCCCGCGGACGUCUGCGCAGGAGGCUCCCCGUGCGGCACGGGGCGCCCUCGCUCUCGUGACGGCGGCGGGGCAUCUCGGGCGGCGACGCCCGCGACAUCCGCGGGCGCCACCGCCACCGCGGCGGCGUCUGCGACCGCCGCUCGGGACCGGGCGGCCAG